AUGAUGGAAGAAGAGUGUUGGACAACUGAUUCUUCAAUAUUCAAGCAGAUGCCACAGGAAAUACCAAGAAUAACCAGAUCUAUCGAGCGACGUCGAUUCUAUAGCCGUCGCUUCAGAAACAUGAGACCUAAUCGUGAUAAUCCGUCGGGAAUCGGACCGGAAUGGGUCAUGGAGUUAGAGAGGUGCAGGGUAGAGUCUGAAGAAAAACUAGCUGAUGCUGCUCUGAUUAUGGCGGAGGCGGCGCGCACGCAAGCCUUGGCAGCGAGUACUCAGGCUGACCUGAUACGGAAGCUGGUAGAGCUGCUGGGGCGGUCUCUGGGGAUGACACGAGAGCAACGGACAACAGAAUAGGGAUCCAUACAUUUUCUGUGUUGUAUUUCAUGAACUAUAACUAUAAAAUGUUCUAAAAAGU